AUGGUCGAAUCUUUCACUCUCCCCCUGCGCCCGCCUCCGGAACAAAAUGAGCGCCCGGACACCCUCCCCGUCGAGAUCGCCCAGAUCAACAACCAGUGGGGUUCCUUCCGUGAGGUGAAUGAGGAAAUUCUGCAAGCCAAGAUCGCCGAGGAGGAGAAACGCCAUGGCGCACAGCUGGACGAAGAAAUGGACGAGGCCGAAGCAGAGGCUGGAGAACUUGACCCGACUGAACGUCGUGAGCAACUUUACAAGCGACGCCAUGAGAUCACCCAAUUCGCCAUAAAAUCGCACCAAGAAACCAUGCUCGCCCUUGAUUUUAUUUCCCUGCUACUCUCGAAACAUGCGCCGCGCCAGGCCGAAACAUCCAUGUCUCCUUUGCUCAAACAACUCGCGCCUCUUGGUUCCCUCGAUUCCGACAUGGUCAAUCCUCCUCCGAGAUCAGAAUCGGCAAUUAAAGACAUAUCGACGGUGUCGAGAGGGUGGCGCAUCCAGAACUUCAAUGCCGCCUCGAACAAGCUGUUGAGUGCUGCCACCAGACUAAAUGGCGAGAUCGAAUCGGAGACUCGGUAUUGGAAUGAGGUGCUUGCCGUCAAGGAUAAUGGAUGGAAGGUCUGCAGACAUCCACGAGAGAGACAAGCACUAGCUGUGCAGUACGGAUUCAUGGAAGCUACACCUAUUUUCCGCGACCGCGGACUCGCUUCUCUCCGACGAGCAAAGGAUGGAAGUUUAAUCCUGGACAAAGGACUGCUCCCCACGGGGGCGCGUCAUGUCCGGGUCCGGGUAAAACAAGGAGAUCAGGUCUUUGUGAGCUCACAGCCGUCUGGAAGUGGCCUCAGUGAUGCAGAUCCAAUUGAGCAUCGCAUCCUCCAGGCACGCGACUCGGUUUUCGAAGAAGAGCUAUUCCAUGAAUUGGUCCGAGAAGCUAGGUCUAUGGCGAAUUGUAGCGUGACUACUCGUCAAAAUCUCAUUCGCAUCCCCGUCUCUGAGGAUAUAGAAAUUCUGCUGGAUCUAGUGGAUGCCGAUACACAUGGUGUUGCUCUCGAACAGGAUCAGGGGCAACGUGAUAGCCGGCUUGCAGACGGGCUAGCCCAUGCGAUCCGGAUUCUACUCUGUUUUGCUCAUCGUCAAAACUUACGUCGAAGAACUCAGCUCCCCCGUCCUUUGACAAUGACAAGACCUGCAACGCCAGAAUACCAUCUUCUCCGUCCUGCUUUGGCUUACAUGCAGCAUCUAUCACACGUCAGGUGGCUAGAAUCGUUGUUUACAGAUAUCUACUCGGUCUUGCGAUCUGCCGGUUUGGACAUGCCUGAGUGGACUUCGAACACAUACGCUAGCUGGAAGCUGUCACCAACGUCGCCACCACCGGCUUCUCUCGAAGCGCUGGUCGAAAGGUUCCUUCGACCGAUCGAGUCUGUUUUCAGCGGGAAACUUCUCACAUCUCGUGGCUCAUUCACCGUCACCGUUCGAACCAACCUGUCAUCCCCACCCUUUGGCACCCACUAUGACGUUUCUGUGAAACUGCCGGCUGUUCCAGAUCUCAAUUCACCUGGUCGCAUGGGAUUGAAGGACGAGGUUGAAACGGCGAUUACACAUCUUCUGCUUCUCGAUGUGGUCUCAACAAUUUCAUCCAAGACGCUACCCGCUUUUCAAAACGGCCCUAAUGCGGUUGCCUCAAAGGAGCAAAACUGGGAUGCAGUGUACCCUCACCUUGGGGAGCUUGUCCUGCCUAAUGCCAACCCUGAAAAACACAAGAAGAUGAAGGUUGCACUCUCCCGUCACGAAAUAACACUCACAACCUAUAUUGUACACAGCAUUGAUGGUCUUGGUCGUGGCGCCUGGGAACUCCGGUCGCACAAUACGGCGGCUCAUCUUUGCAAAUUCCCUCAGCCAUCAGUGGGAACUUUGAGCAGUCAGGAAUAUUCGUCUGUGAUGGAUUUCGUUGUCGCGGAGGCGUCUGAUGGGCGUCCGUGA